CGUAGUCGUCGUCGUCCAGGACAAUCGCGUGAUCGUCGUAAGCACGAUAAGCCUCUCGAGAGAGCGAAACGAUGGCCCUGAAGAUACCACUAGCGUACUUGCUCAUCGCGAUCGCCGCGAGCCUCGCGCUAUCAUCGUCGGAUGAUCAUCAUCAUCGCGUGCCCCCGCACAACCACAGAUUUGCUUGGCCAGUCUGGUACCGCGACAGGUUGCUCCAUACCAGACACGGUCAUCCGAACGAUGAACGCGUCGUUCCGGGGACGUCCACCGUCACCACCACGAGGAGUCCGUGGACCGUGCGGCCGCAGGUGCCCACGACGAGGUCACCGCAUCAGGUAAAUCCGGUGUUGAGGCAUCACGUGGGACAACGAACGCUGGAACACAAGUUCAGUGGUGGCGCGGUGGCGAUGGCAAAGUACGAUGGUACAAGAGCGAUAGCGUACGCGAGUUACCACGACAAUCACCGACAUCAGCCAAGGGAGGCCGUCACGCAGAGCUAUCAACUAGUUCCGACAACUGCCCCCACAUAUACUAGACAUCAUUCGGGGAGACGAGUGUGCACCAGGCAAACUCCCACGAGUUCUCAUCAUCACAGAGGAAGACAAAUUAGAUUAGUAUAUACUGAGUUGCCUUCCAGUUUCUUUUGCUGUCCAGGAUGGUCGCAAAUAACCCAUCUGAGUUUUGGUUGCAACAACCCCACGUGCCCAACACCGUGCUUGAAUGGUGGAAUUUGCACAUUGCCUGGCAAAUGCACGUGUCCCAAGGGAUAUACUGGAAACCAGUGCCAGAUAGAUGUGGAUGAGUGUGCGAUAGAAAAACCUUGCGGGCAACUUUGUACGAAUCUACCUGGCAGCUAUCGAUGCCAUUGCCGGGCCGGAUUUCAACUUCAGCAGGAUGGUCAGUCCUGUCGGAGAAAUGAUACCGAUGAGAAUGCUUUUGAGGCUCGUGACUUGGAAAGCGAUUUUCAUGACACGUCGACAAAAGAUCCGACUUCUCAUGACACAGAAAACGAGGUGAGCGACAGUGAUCAAGAUUACGAGAUCAUAUUAAAGAGACUAACCAAACUAGAAAAGCAAGUGGCCAGAAACAGAAAGAGAGAUACAGAGACUUCCGAGAUGAACACCAAAGUCACAUUAGCAGUCGAGAGCGUUAACGAAAUGAAGAGAACUGUCGAGAACGUGCAAUUGAUGCAACAGGAAGUAUACGAUAUGAGAAGCAAAAUGAAGCAAUAUGAGGCAGAAAUGAGGAAAAUACAACACCUGAUGAAUCGCGUUGCGGAAUUAGAAAAUCGUUUAAGAAUACGCUGCAGAUCGGCAAUGUCGAUAAAUAGCGAAUCCUUGAACUUCUAACAUUGUUUUCUAAUAUCGUGCGCGAAUUUAGUAUCGAUAUUACUUAAUGUUAAUAGCGGAUAGUUAUAGCAUUACCUAUUAUUUUACUCACAGUACUAGUAAGAGAUAAUAUUACUACUUUCUUUCUCAUUUAAUAGCAGAUAGUGGUAAUAUUGUUUUUACUAUGAAUUUUCUAUACUAUAAGAGUGGUAAAGAGUGGAGUUUGGAAACUAAUAACAUCUUAAAAUUAGAAUUAUGCAAACAUAAGAGAACAUGAAGGCAAAUCGUGCAUAUGCGGAAAGAAAGUGUUUGUCUCUUCCCAUUUUUAAAUCACAGAAUGAUAUUAAUCGGCUUAGUUAAAGUGUAACUGUAGCUACAAAAUACAUGCAGAAUUAUUCUUGUCGUGAAAUAGCAUCACUGCCAUGAUUUAGCGUUAGUCAUAGUUUUUAAGCUAGCAACAGCAUAAUUUAAGUAUCAUACAAAACUCUACUUAUGUACACUUACUUUUAUAAUAAAAUCAUAGAGAUUUUG